AUGGCGCUCCUCUCCCUCACGGCGCUCGCCUACAUUGUCCCCUUCACCAUCGUCUACUACCUCCUCUCCCGCUACCUCUCCCACCGCAACCUCCUCCGCUUCGCCAAAUCCCACAACGCGACCUUCCCCAAGUACGUCCCCUCCAAGCUCCCCUUCGGCGUCGGCUACGUCUGGCGCACCAUCACCACCGCCCGCGCCGGCGGCGACAUCCUCGACGACAUCAUCGAGAAGAACUACCAGACCAACGGCACCACCUUCUCCGCGGCGGGCUUCUUCGGCCCCGCCGAGGUCUACACCGUCGACCCCGUCAACAUCCAGGCCAUCCUCGCCACCAAGUUCAAGGACUUCGACCUCGGCGAGAGGCGCAUCCAGCAGUUCAAGCCCCUCCUCGGCCACAGCAUCUUCACGGCCGACGGGCCCUUCUGGGAACACUCGCGCGCGCUGUUCCGUCCGCAGUUCUCGCGCGACCACAUCAACGACCUGCAAAAGACCGAGGCCGCGGUGCAGGCGCUCUUCGACGCGCUGCCGCUGGUGGGUAAGCAGACGUCCACGGGGGCGCUGACGGUGGACAUCAUGCCGAUGCUCUUCCGCUUCACGCUCGACACCGCGACGGGGUUCCUCUUCGGCGAGAGCGUCGACAGCCAGACGGCAGCCGCGACGGGCAAGGUCGCCAACACGAGCGCGGCGACGGCCAUGGCGGCGGACCAGGCACCGGGGGCGAGCAUGUCGUUCGCGGACGCCUUUCACGAGGCGCAGAUGUGGAUUACCAUGCGUGUGCGGCUGCAGGGGCUGUACUGGCUCGCGCCGGCGAAGACGGGGCGGCGGGCGGCGGAGUACAUGCGCAAGUACGUCGACCACUACGUCAAGCUCGCGCUGCGGUCCGCGAAGCCGUCCGGGGAGAAGUAUAGUCUGCUCGACACGCUGGUGGAGCAGACGCGGGACGAGGGCGAGUUGCGGGAUCAGAUUUUGGGGAUUUUGUUGGCAGGGCGGGAUACGACGGCGACGCUGCUCUCGUGGGUCCUGUUGCUCCUGGCGCAGCACCCGGACGUGUUUGAGAAGUUGAGGGAGGAGGUGGUGCGGGAUUUCGGGGCGUACGGGGAGGAGAAGGUCGGUGUGGACUUUGGCACGUUGAAGAGCUCGCAGUACCUCCAGUUCGUGCUAAGGGAGACGUUGAGGGUGUAUAACGUCGUGCCGUUGAACCUGCGGAUCGCGGCGAGGGACACCGUGUUGCCGAGGGGCGGCGGUCCGGACGGGAUGGAGCCUGUUGUGGUGAGGAAGGGGCAGACUGUGAACUUCUCGCCGUACGUGCUGCACCGCAGGGAGGAUAUCUGGGGAGGGGACGCGUUGGAGUUUAAGCCGGAGAGGUGGGAGGGGAUGAGGCUUGAUUGGAAUUAUGUUCCGUUCAGCGGCGGGCCGAGGAUUUGUCUUGGACAACAAUUCGCGCUCACGGAGGCUGGGUUCUUGAUUGUGAGGUUGCUGCAGAGGUUCAAGAAGAUGGAGUGGGUUGGGCCGCAGGGAAAGCCGAGGAAGGAUAUUCACUUCACGAUGGCGCCGAGGGAUGGUGUUCAUGUCAAGCUCGAGUAUGCGUGA